AUGUCUGCAGAGGAAGAGGUAGUCGAGGAGAUACAGGAGGAAGAGGAAGAAACCCAGCAAGAGGAAGUUGAAGUUGAAGCUCCUGCGCCUGAAGUCGAAGAGCCUGCAGGAGAAGAUGACUCCAAACCCAAACACAAGGCGUUUGCUCCAGCUAUAGCUGUGCCAAAGAUACCAGAGGGAGAUAAAGUCGACUUUGAUGACAUCCACAGGAAGCGACAGGAGAAGGAUCUGACCGAGCUGCAGUCUCUGAUUGAGGCCCACUUCAUUCAGAGGAAGAAGGACGAGGAGGAGCUCAUCGCUCUCGUUAACAGGAUCGAGAAGCGUCGUGCUGAGAGGGCUGAACAGCAGAGGAUCCGUGCUGAGCUGGAGAAGGAGAGGCAGGCUCGUGUUGCUGAAGAAAAGGAGAGAAAGGAGCAAGAGGAGGCACGUAAGAAGCAGGAUGAGGACGCCAAGAAGAAAAAGGCUCUGACAAACAUGACUCAGCAGUAUGGUGGCGUCCAACAGAGGCAAGAUGGAAAGAAGGGAGCUAAGAAGCAGACAGAGAGAGAGAAGAAAAAGAAGAUCCUGGCAGAGAGGAGGAAGCCUCUCAACAUCGACCAUCUCAGUGAGGACAAAGUUAAAGAGAAGGCCAGUGAGCUGUGGCAGUGGCUGAUGACACUGGAGGCCGAGAAGUUUGACCUAAGCGAGAAACUGAAGAGACAGAAAUACGAUAUCAAUGUACUCCAGACCCGAAUCAAUGAACAGCAGAAGUUCGCCAAAGGAAGAGGCAAGGGCAAAGGCAGGCUGAGAUAGACGCCAUUACCAGCAGGAGUUCUCAAAGGAAGCACCUGAAAAUGAGCAAC